AUGGAUGUGUUUGAGGCUCUGCCUGCGAAGCAGCCUCCCGCCACGGAGUUCAGACCGAUCUCAGAAGGAACGCCAUGCCAAGCAAAGCAAGCAGACACGGGUGCCGAGAUGGAAUGGGUGUUGGACGAGGUCUUCGACCCCCCGCGGCGCUUCCAGAGCUCCAGCUCCUUCCCGCCGGAAGCAACCGCCGCCGUCCGCGCUGCGCCAAGGCAGGAGAGUGAGCUGCUGGGGUGCCUUUCUUGUGGCUCAGCAGUGAUGGCCACCGGAACUUGCGGGCCUUACUUGCAGUGCAAAGUUGCAGAGACUGUUGCCGAGCCGCUGGGGAAAGCACGGCCGGAGUUUGGUUUCGUUCUGCAGCAGCUGGACGGGCUGCCUUUGUUCACGCCUGCAGAGCCAGGCCAUGUUCACAUGGUCGACGAGCAAUUUGACCCGGCCAAAACAUUUGUCUGCGCCCCAUCUUUUCCGAAGACCUCGAUGGCAGCAGUUCGGUUGGCACCAACACCAGACAGCGAACUGGUCACCACACUUCCAUUCGGGUCACAAGUGCAAGCAACAGCAAGUGCCGGAACAUAUUUGCAGUUCAGGUUGCAAGAUGCUUGUGCUGAAGGAGGGUCGAAAUUGGUCUGGGUGCCGCGGGUGCUUGGUGAUGUGGUUUUGUUCGUGGAGCACAAGGAUCCGAACUCAACGGAUGUUGAUCAAGGUCCUUCCGGUUUGACGGCUGAGGCUGCCAUUUGUGAGCAGACCGACCAGAUCAAUCGAUUUCAGCAGUGGUGGGCAGAUGGUCACGGUGAAGCAGCAGCUGCGGGCCACUCCAUAUUGUCACUAGUUGACCGGUCUGUUCUGCAAGAAGUGGUGUCAGCCGGCGCAAACUACCACAACUGUUUGAGUGCGGACCGGUUAGAUGGGUUGCAGAGAUUGGUGACCAAGUCCCGGAAACCAGGCUUAGAUGCUUUGCGUCGAGCUUUGCUGACCAAAGGGGGGGCCAAGAGCCAGGCCCGUGCAGUAGGCACCGUCCUUUUCAAGGAAGCCCUCGCAAUUUUCACGGGCCCGAAGACGGAGAAGACAGGCCCGCUUGCAGACGACACAGGUAAUCCAUCUGUCGCUGACGCCACAAUGCCCGAGCAGGGUUGUGUUGGUGAGAGUCAGCACGAGGUGAUAUUAGACGAGGUCUACCUUCCUCCCAGGCGAUUUGUUUGUUCGGCUGCCUUCCCGCAGGAUGCCACUGUGGCAGUGCGAGCUGUUCCUGACUCUGCAGGGGAUCUGUUGACCAGCUUGCCGUAUGGCUCAGAAAUCUUGGCGAUUGGAUCACGCAACUCCUAUCUACAGUUCAGAUUGGAAGACGAGGCUGGAUCACGAUUGGUCUGGGUGCCGCGAGUACUUGGUGAUUUGGUUUUGUUUGUGGAGCAGAAGGAUCCAAAGCCAACAGAUGCUGAUCAAGGUCCUUCCAGUUUGUCUGCUGAGGCUGCCAUUUGUGAGCAGACCAACCAGAUCAAUCGAUUUCAGCAGUGGUGGGCAGAUGGUCACGGUGAAGCAGCAGCUGUGGGCCACUCCAUAUUGUCACUAGUUGACCGGUCUGUUCUGCAAGAAGUGGUGUCAGCCGGCGCAAACUACCACAACUGUUUGAGUGCGGACCGGUUAGAUGGGUUGCAGAGAUUGGUGACCCAGUCCCGGAAACCAGGCUUAGAUGCUUUGCGUCGAGCUUUGCUGACCAAAGGGGGGGCCAAGAGCCAGGCCCGUGCAGUAGGCACCGUCCUCUUCAAGGAAGCCCUCGCAAUUUUCACGGGCCCGAAGACGGAGAAGACAGGCCCGCUUGCAGACGACACAGGUAAUCCAUCUGUCGCUGACGCCACAAUGCCCGAGCAGGGUUGUGUUGGCGAGAGUCAGCACGAGGUGAUAUUAGACGAGGUCUACCUUCCUCCCAGGCGAUUUGUUUGUUCGGAUGCCUUCCCGCAGGAUGCCACUGUGGCAGUGCGAGCUGUUCCUGACUCUGCAGGGGAUCUGUUGACCAGCUUGCCGUACGGGUCAGAAAUCUUGGCGAUUGGAUCACGCAACUCCUAUCUACAGUUCAGAUUGGAAGACGAGGCUGGAUCACGAUUGGUCUGGGUGCCGCGAGUACUUGGUGAUUUGGUUUUGUUUGUGGAGCAGAAGGAUCCAAAGCCAAUGGUUGCUGAUCAAGGUCCUUCCAGUUUGUCUGCUGAGGCUGCCAUUUGUGAGCAGACCAACCAGAUCAAUCGAUUUCAGCAGUGGUGGGCAGAUGGUCACGGUGAAGCAGCAGCUGCGGGCCACUCCAUAUUGUCACUAGUUGACCGGUCUGUUCUGCAAGAAGUGGUGUCAGCCGGCGCAAACUACCACAACUAUCUGAGUGCGGACCGGUUAGAUGGGUUACAGAGAUUGGUGGACAAGUCCCGGAAACCAGGCUUAGAUGCUUUGCGUCGAGCUUUGCUGACCAAAGGGGGGGCCAAGAGCCAGGCCCGUGCAGUAGGCACCGUCCUCUUCAAGGAAGCCCUCGCAAUUUUCACGGGCCCGAAGACGGAGAAGACAGGCCCGCUUGCAGACGACACAGGUAAUCCAUCUGUCGCUGACGCCACAAUGCCCGAGCAGGGUUGUGUUGGUGAGAGUCAGCACGAGUUUAUAUUAGACGAGGUCUACCUUCCUCCCAGGCGAUUUGUUUGUUCGGAUGCCUUCCCGCAGGAUGCCACUGUGGCAGUGCGAGCUGUUCCUGACUCUGCAGGGGAUCUGUUGACCAGCUUGCCGUACGGGUCAGAAAUCUUGGCGAUUGGAUCACGCAACUCCUAUCUACAGUUCAGAUUGGAAGACGAGGCUGGAUCACGAUUGGUCUGGGUGCCGCGAGUACUUGGUGAUUUGGUUUUGUUUGUGGAGCAGAAGGAUCCAAAGCCAAUGGUUGCUGAUCAAGGUCCUUCCAGUUUGUCUGCUGAGGCUGCCAUUUGUGAGCAGACCAACCAGAUCAAUCGAUUUCAGCAGUGGUGGGCAGAUGGUCACGGUGAAGCAGCAGCUGCGGGCCACUCCAUAUUGUCACUAGUUGACCGGUCUGUUCUGCAAGAAGUGGUGUCAGCCGGCGCAAACUACCACAACUAUCUGAGUGCGGACCGGUUAGAUGGGUUACAGAGAUUGGUGGACAAGUCCCGGAAACCAGGCUUAGAUGCUUUGCGUCGAGCUUUGCUGACCAAAGGGGGGGCCAAGAGCCAGGCCCGUGCAGUAGGCACCGUCCUCUUCAAGGAAGCCCUCGCAAUUUUCACGGGCCCGAAGACGGAGAAGACAGGCCCGCUUGCAGACGACACAGGUAAUACAUCUGUCGCUGACGCCACAAUGCCCGAGCAGGGUUGUGUUGGUGAGAGUCAGCACGAGGUGAUAUUAGACGAGGUCUACCAUCCUCCCAGGCGAUUUGUUUGCUCAGAUGCGUUCCCCGCUGAAGCGACCGUGGCAGUGCGGUCUGGACCCACGCAGGAGAGUGAGUUGCUGACCUGCCUUCCCUUUGGCAUAGAGAUCUUUGCGACCGGCCGUUCUGGCGACUUCCUUCAGUUUCAGCUCGAGGAGUGCCACGGUUGCUAUGCCUAUGUACCUCUGGUGUUCCAGGGCCAUCAGCUUUUCGUACCCAAAGCCCCCGCGGCGCAUGCAGUGCCGCCUGCAGCACCCGCUGAAGGGGGCCGUGUUGCAGACCUGGAACGGCGCGUGGCUGUUCAGGAGCAGAUCAUCCAAGGGCUGCAGGCUGAGCUCUGCAGUUUGCGCGCUCACAUGAGCGCGAUUGCGACAGCUUUUGGGGCUUUCUCCCCGAAGUUGUAG